AUGUUGAAUCCGCACCGUGGUGGCCCGGUGCCGUUUGAGCUAUAUAAUCUUCGCGUUGUGCUCGCUUCUUGCAAAUCAACCGAGUGUCGCAUUCGCUCGUUAACAGCCCGACCUACUGCGAGUACAGCCCGCGCCACUCACCGCCGCAGUCCGUCUCGUUCGUCGCCGUUCCUUUCCCACAGUACCCUCCAUCGCACCACCACGCGCCAUGCCUCUCCCUGCCCUUCUCCCGUCGCGUCUCCGCCUCGCGCUGCUGCUCGCAGCAGUCGCCGCGUGCGUCGGCGCGUUGGCGACUGUAGCGGGGACGCAUGUGGCGGGGCGGGAGUGCGAGAGCAGCUUCCCGCGGCUGUGCAAGUUUGUGGACGAUCUGCGCGACUCCAUUCCCGAGCAGAUCGACGCCUCCUCCGCCGCGCCCAUCCGCAUCGGCGCCUACCAGAUCCGCCAGGCCAGCUCCCACCCUCCUUCCUCUGCUUUCCCGCACGCACUUCCGCUUGCUCGCCGCUUCCCCUUGAUAUCCUCUUUCUCUCGCCGUGUUUCGUUUCCCCGCUUUCGUUUCCCCGCUUUCGUUUCCCCGCUUUCGUUUCCCCGCUUUCGUUUCCCCGCUUUCGUUUCCCCGCUUUCGUUUCCCCGCUUUCGUUUCCCCGCUUUCGUUUCCCCGCUUUCGUUUCCCCGCUUUCGUUUCCCCGCUUUCGUUUCCCCGCUUUCGUUUCCCCGCUUUUCCGCUUUCGUCCCGCUUUCGUUUCCCCGCUUUCGUUUCCCCGCUUUCGUUUCCCCGCUUUCGUUUCCCCGCUUUCGUUUCCCCGCUUUCGUUUCCCCGCUUUCGUUUCCCCGCUUUCGUUUCCCCGCUUUCGUUUCCCCGCUUUCGUUUCCCCGCUUUCGUUUCCCCGCUUUCGUUUCCCCGCUUUCGUUUCCCCGCUUUCGUUUCCCCGCUUUCGUUUCCCCGCUUUCGUUUCCCCGCUUUCGUUUCCCCGCUUUCGUUUCCCCGCUUUCGUUUCCCCGCUUUCGUUUCCCCGCUUUCGUUUCCCCGCUUUCGUUUCCCCGCUUUCGUUUCCCCGCUUUCGUUUCCCCGCUUUCGUUUCCCCGCUUUCGUUUCCCCGCUUUCGUUUCCCCGCUUUCGUUUCCCCGCUUUCGUUUCCCCGCUUUCGUUUCCCCGCUUUCGUUUCCCCGCUUUCGUUUCCCCGCUUUCGUUUCCCCGCUUUCGUUUCCCCGCUUUCGUUUCCCCGCUUUCGUUUCCCCGCUUUCGUUUCCCCCGCUUUCGUUUCCCGCUUUCGUUUCCCCGCUUUCGUUUCCCCGCUUUCGUUUUCCCCGCUUUCGUUUCCCCGCUUCGUUUCCCCCGCUUUCGUUUCCCCGCUUUCGUUUCCCCGCUUUCGUUUCCCCGCUUUCGUUUCCCCCGCUUUCGUUUCCCCGCUUUCGUUUCCCCGCUUUCGUUUCCCCGCUUUCGUUUCCCCGCUUUCGUUUCCCCCGCUUUCGUUUCCCCCCGCUUUCGUUUCCCCGCUUUCGUUUCCCCGCUUUCGUUUCCCCGCUUUCGUUUCCCCGCUUUCGUUUCCCCGCUCGUUUCCCGCUUUGUUCCCCGCUUUCGUUUCCCCGCUUCGUUUCCCCGCUUUCGUUUCCCCGCUUUCGUUUCCCCGCUUUCGUUUUCCCCGCUUUCGUUUCCCCGCUUUCGUUUCCUCCGCUUUCGUUUCCCCGCUUUCGUUUCCCCGCUUUCGUUUCCCCGCUUUCGUUUCUCCCCGCUUUCGUUUCCCCGCUUUCGUUUCCCCGCUUUCGUUUCCCCGCUUUCGUUUCCCCGCUUUCGUUUCCCCGCUUUCGUUUCCCCGCUUUCGUUUCCCCGCUUUCGUUUCCCCGCUUUCGUUUCCCCGCUUUCGUUUCCCCGCUUUCGUUUCCCCGCUUUCGUUUCCCCGCUUUCGUUUCCCCGCUUUCGUUUCCCCGCUUUCGUUUCCCCGCUUUCGUUUCCCCGCUUUCGUUUCCCCGCUUUCGUUUCCCCGCUUUCGUUUCCCCGCUUUCGUUUCCCCGCUUUCGUUUCCCCGCUUUCGUUUCCCCGCUUUCGUUUCCCCGCUUUCGUUUCCCCGCUUUCGUUUCCCCGCUUUCGUUUCCCCGCUUUCGUUUCCCCGCUUUCGUUUCCCCGCUUUCGUUUCCCCGCUUUCGUUUCCCCGCUUUCGUUUCCCCGCUUUCGUUUCCCCGCUUUCGUUUCCCCGCUUUCGUUUCCCCGCUUUCGUUUCCCCGCUUUCGUUUCGUUUCCCCGCUUUCGUUUCCCCGCUUUCGUUUCCCCGCUUUCGUUUCCCCGCUUUCGUUUCCCCGCUUUCGUUUCCCCGCUUUCGUUUCCCCGCUUUCGUUUCCCCGCUUUCGUUUCCCCGCUUUCGUUUCCCCGCUUUCGUUUCCCCGCUUUCGUUUCCCCGCUUUCGUUUCCCCGCUUUCGUUUCCCCGCUUUCGUUUCCCCGCUUUCGUUUCCCCGCUUUCGUUUCCCCGCUUUCGUUUCCCCGCUUUCGUUUCCCCGCUUUCGUUUCCCCGCUUUCGUUUCCCCGCUUUCGUUUCCCCGCUUUCGUUUCCCCGCUUUCGUUUCCCCGCUUUCGUUUCCCCGCUUUCGUUUCCCCGCUUUCGUUUCCCCGCUUUCGUUUCCCCGCUUUCGUUUCCCCGCUUUCGUUUCCCCGCUUUCGUUUCCCCGCUUUCGUUUCCCCGCUUUCGUUUCCCCGCUUUCGUUUCCCCGCUUUCGUUUCCCCGCUUUCGUUUCCCCGCUUUCGUUUCCCCGCUUUCGUUUCCCCGCUUUCGUUUCCCCGCUUUCGUUUCCCCGCUUUCGUUUCCCCGCUUUCGUUUCCCCGCUUUCGUUUCCCCGCUUUCGUUUCCCCGCUUUCGUUUCCCCGCUUUCGUUUCCCCGCUUUCGUUUCCCCGCUUUCGUUUCCCCGCUUUCGUUUCCCCGCUUUCGUUUCCCCGCUUUCGUUUCCCCGCUUUCGUUUCCCCGCUUUCGUUUCCCCGCUUUCGUUUCCCCGCUUUCGUUUCCCGCUUUCGGUUCCCCGCUUUCGUUUCCCCGCUUUCGUUUCCCCGCUUUCGUUUCCCCGCUUUCGUUUCCCCGCUUCGUUUCCCCGCUUUCGUUUCCCCGCUUUCGUUUCCCCGCUUUCGUUUCCCCGCUUUCGUUCCCCGCUUUCGUUUCCCCGCUUUCGUUUCCCCGCUUUCGUUUCCCCGCUUUCGUUUCCCCGCUUUCGUUUCCCCGCUUUCGUUUCCCCGCUUUCGUUUCCCCGCUUUCGUUUCCCCGCUUUCGUUUCCCCGCUUUCGUUUCCCCGCUUCGUUUCCCCGCUUUCGUUUCCCCGUUUCCCCGCUUUCGUUUCCCGCUUUCGUUUCCCCGCUUUCGUUUCCCCGCUUUCGUUUCCCCGCUUUCGUUUCCCCGCUUUCGUUUCCCCGCUUUCGUUUCCCCGCUUUCGUUUCCCCGCUUUCGUUUCCCCGCUUUCGUUUCCCCGCUUUCGUUUCCCCGCUUUCGUUUCCCCGCUUUCGUUUCCCCGCUUUCGUUUCCCCGCUUUCGUUUCCCCGCUUUCGUUUCCCCGCUUUCGUUUCCCCCGCUUUCGUUUCCCCGCUUUCGUUUCCCCGCUUUCGUUUUCCCCGCUUUCGUUUCCCCGCUUUCGUUUCCCCGCUUUCGUUUCCCCGCUUUCGUUUCCCCCGCUUUCGUUUCCCCGCUUUCGUUUCCCCGCUUUCGUUUCCCCGCUUUCGUUUCCCCGCUUUCGUUUCCCCGCUUUCGUUUCCCCGCUUUCGUUUCCCCGCUUUCGUUUCCCCGCUUUCGUUUCCCCGCUUUCGUUUCCCCGCUUUCGUUUCCCCGCUUUCGUUUCCCCGCUUUCGUUUCGUUUCCCCGCUUUCGUUUCCCCGCUUUCGUUUCCCCGCUUUCGUUUCCCCGCUUUCGUUUCCCCGCUUUCGUUUCCCCGCUUUCGUUUCCCCGCUUUCGUUUCCCCGCUUUCGUUUCCCCGCUUUCGUUUCCCCGCUUUCGUUUCCCCGCUUUCGUUUCCCCGCUUUCGUUUCCCCGCUUUCGUUUCCCCGCUUUCGUUUCCCCGCUUUCGUUUCCCCGCUUUCGUUUCCCCGCUUCGUUCCCCGCUUUCGUUUCCCCGCUUUCGUUUCCCCGCUUUCGUUUCCCCCGCUUUCGUUUCCCCGCUUUCGUUUCCCCGCUUUCGUUUCCCCGCUUUCGUUUCCCCGCUUUCGUUUCCCCGCUUUCGUUUCCCCGCUUUCGUUUCCCGCUUUCGUUUCCCCGCUUUUCCGUGUUCCCCCGCUUUCGUUUCCCCGCUUUCGUUUCCCCGCUUUCGUUUCCCCGCUUUCGUUUCCCCGCUUUCGUUUCCCCGCUUUCGUUUCCCCGCUUUCGUUUCCCCGCUUUCGUUUCCCCGCUUUCGUUUCCCCGCUUUCGUUUCCCCGCUUUCGUUCCCCGCUUUCGUUUCCCCGCUUUCGUUUCCCCGCUUUCGUUUCCCCGCUUUCGUUUCCCCGCUUUCGUUUCCCCGCUUUCGUUUCCCCGCUUUCGUUUCCCCGCUUUCGUUUCCCCGCUUUCGUUUCCCCGCUUUCGUUUCCCCGCUUUCGUUUCCCCGCUUUCGUUUCCCCGCUUUCGUUUCCCCGCUUUCGUUUCCCCGCUUUCGUUUCCCCGCUUUCGUUUCCCCGCUUUCGUUUCCCCGCUUUCGUUUCCCCGCUUUCGUUUCCCCGCUUUCGUUUCCCCGCUUUCGUUUCCCCGCUUUCGUUUCCCCGCUUUCGUUUCCCCGCUUUCGUUUCCCCGCUUUCGUUUCCCCGCUUUCGUUUCCCCGCUUUCGUUUCCCCGCUUUCGUUUCCCCGCUUUCGUUUCCCCGCUUUCGUUUCCCCGCUUUCGUUUCCCCGCUUUCGUUUCCCCGCUUUCGUUUCCCCGCUUUCGUUUCCCCGCUUUCGUUUCCCCGCUUUCGUUUCCCCGCUUUCGUUUCCCCGCUUUCGUUUCCCGCUUCGUUCCCCGCUUUCGUUUCCCCGCUUUCGUUUCCCCGCUUUCGUUUCCCCGCUUUCGUUUCCCCGCUUUCGUUUCCCCGCUUUCGUUUCCCCGCUUUCGUUUCCCCGCUUUCGUUUCCCCGCUUUCGUUUCCCCGCUUUCGUUUCCCCGCUUUCGUUUCCCCGCUUUCGUUUCCCCGCUUUCGUUUCCCCGCUUUCGUUUCCCCGCUUUCGUUUCCCCGCUUCGUUUCCCCGCUUUCGUUUCCCCGCUUUCGUUUCCCCGCUUUCGUUUCCCCGCUUUCGUUUCCCCGCUUUCGUUUCCCCCGCUUUCGUUUCCCCGCUUUCGUUUCCCCGCUUUCGUUUCCCCGCUUUCGUUUCCCCGCUUUCGUUUCCCCGCUUUCGUUUCCCCGCUUUCGUUUCCCCGCUUUCGUUUCCCCGCUUUCGUUUCCCCGCUUUCGUUUCCCCGCUUUCGUUUCCCCGCUCUCGUUUCCCCGCUCUCGUUUCCCCGCUCUCGUUUCCCCGCUCUCGUUUCCCCGCUCUCGUUUCCCCGCUCCGUUCCCCGCUCUCGUUUCCCCGCUCUCGUUCCCCCGCUCUCGUUUCCCCCCGCUUUCGGUUUCCCCGCUUUCGUUUCCCCGCUUUCGUUUCCCGCUUUCGUUUCCCCGCUUUCGUUUCCCCGCUUUCGUUUCCCCCCGCUUUCGUUUCCCCGCUUUCGUUUCCACCGCUCUCGUUUCCCCGCUCUCGUUUCCCGCUCUCGUUUCCCCCGCUCUCGUUUCCCCGCUCUCGUUUCCCGCCUCGUUUUCCCCGCUCUCGUUUCCCCGCUCUCGUUUCCCCGCUCUCGUUUCCCCGCUCUCGUUUCCCCGCUCUCGUUUCCCCGCUCUCGUUUCCCCGCUCUCAGUUUUUUGUUUUCCCCCGCUUCUCGUUUCCCCGCUCUCGUUUCCACCGCUCUCGUUUCCCCCGCUCUCGUUUCCCCGCUCUCGUUUCCCCGCUCUCGUUUCCCCGCUCUCGUUUCCCCGCUCUCGUUUCCCCGCUCUCGUUUCCCCGCUUUCGUUUCCCCGCUCUCGUUUCCCCGCUCUCGUUUCCCCGCUCUCGUUUCCCCGCUCUCGUUUCCCCGCUCUCGUUUCCCCGCUCUCGUUUCCCCGCUCUCGUUCCCCGCUCUCGUUUCCCCGCUCUCGUUUCCCCGCUCUCGUUUCCCCGCUCUCGUUUCCCCGCUCUCGUUCCCCGCUCUCGUUUCCCCCGCUCUCGUUUCCCCGCUCUCGUUUCCCCGCUCUCGUUUCCCCGCUCUCGUUUCCCCGCUCUCGUUUCCCCGCUCUCGUUUCCCCGCUCUCGUUUCCCGCUCUCGUUUCCCCGCUCUCGUUUCCCCGCUCUCGUUUCCCCGCUCUCGUUUCCCCGCUCUCGUUUCCCCGCUCUCGUUUCCCCGCUCUCGUUUCCCCGCUCUCGUUUCCCCGCUCUCGUUUCCCCGCUCUCGUUUCCCCGCUCUCGUUUCCCGCUCUCGUUUCCCCGCUCUCGUUUCCCCGCUCUCGUUUCCCCGCUCUCGUUUCCCCGCUCUCGUUUCCCCGCUCUCGUUUCCCCGCUCUCGUUUCCCCGCUCUCGUUUCCCCGCUCUCGUUUCCCCGCUCUCGUUUCCCCGCUCUCGUUUCCCCGCUCUCGUUUCCCCGCUCUCGUUUCCCCGCUCUCGUUUCCCCGCUCUCGUUUCCCCGCUCUCGUUUCCCCGCUCUCGUUUCCCCGCUCUCGUUUCCCCGCUCUCGUUUCCCCGCUCUCGUUUCCCCGCUCUCGUUUCCCCGCUCUCGUUUCCCCGCUCUCGUUCCCCGCUCUCGUUUCCCCGCUCUCGUUUCCCCGCUCUCGUUUCCCCGCUCUCGUUUCCCCGCUCUCGUUUCCCCGCUCUCGUUUCCCCGCUCUCGUUUCCCGCUCUCGUUUCCCCGCUCUCGUUUCCCCGCUCUCGUUUCCCCGCUCUCGUUUCCCCGCUCUCGUUUCCCCGCUCUCGUUUCCCCGCUCUCGUUUCCCCGCUCUCGUUUCCCCGCUCUCGUUUCCCCGCUCUCGUUUCCCCGCUCUCGUUUCCCCGCUCUCGUUUCCCCGCUCUCGUUUCCCCGCUCUCGUUCCCCGCUCUCGUUUCCCCGCUCUCGUUUCCCCGCCUCUCGUUUCCCCGCUCUCGUUUCCCCGCUCUCGUUUCCCCGCUCUCGUUUCCCCGCUCUCGUUUCCCCGCUCUCGUUUCCCCGCUCUCGUUUCCCCGCUCUCGUUUCCCCGCUCUCGUUUCCCCGCUCUCGUUUCCCCGCUCUCGUUUCCCCGCUCUCGUUUCCCCGCUCUCGUUUCCCCGCUCUCGUUUCCCCGCUCUCGUUUCCCCGCUCUCGUUUCCCCGCUCUCGUUUCCCCGCUCUCGUUUUCCCCGCUCUCGUUUUUCCCCGCUCCGUUUCCCCGCUCUCGUUUCCCCGCUCUCGUUUCCCCGCUCUCGUUUCCCCGCUCUCGUUUCCCCGCUCUCGUUUCCCCGCUCUCGUUUCCCGCUCUCGUUUCCCCGCUCUCGUUUCCCCGCUCUCGUUUCCCCGCUCUCGUUUCCCCGCUCUCGUUUCCCCGCUCUCGUUUCCCCGCUCUCGUUUCCCCGCUCUCGUUUCCCCGCUCUCGUUUCCCCGCUCUCGUUUCCCCGCUCUCGUUUCCCCGCUCUCGUUUCCCCGCUCUCGUUUCCCCGCUCUCGUUUCCCCGCUCUCGUUUCCCCGCUCUCGUUUCCCCCGCUCUCGUUUCCCCGCUCUCGUUUCCCCGCUCUCGUUUCCCCGCUCUCGUUUCCCCGCUCUCGUUUCCCCGCUCUCGUUUCCCCGCUCUCGUUUCCCCGCUCUCGUUUCCCCGCUCUCGUUUCCCCGCUCUCGUUUCCCCGCUCUCGUUUCCCCGCUCUCGUUUCCCCGCUCUCGUUUCCCCGCUCUCGUUUCCCCGCUCUCGUUUCCCCGCUCUCGUUUCCCCGCUCUCGUCCCGCUCUGUUUCCCCGCUCUCGUUUCCCCGCUCUCGUUUCCCCGCUCUCGUUUCCCCGCUCUCGUUUCCCCGCUCUCGUUUCCCCGCUCUCGUUUCCCCGCUCUCGUUUUCCCCGCUCUCGUUUCCCCGCUCUCGUUUCCCCGCUCUCGUUUCCCCGCUCUCGUUUCCCCGCUCUCGUUUCCCGCUCUCGUUUCCCGCCUCCUCGUUCCCCGCUCUCGUUCCCGCUUUCUUUCCUUCCCCGCUUUCGUUUCCCCGCUUUCCGUUUCUCCCGCUUUCGUUUCCCCGCUUUCGUUUCCCCGCUUUCGUUUCCCUUUCCCCGCUUUCGUUUCCCCGCUUUCGUUUCCCCGCUUUCGUUUCCCCGCUUUCGUUUCCCCGCUUUCGUUUCCCCGCUUUUCGUUCCCCGCUUUCGUUUCGCCCGCUCGUCCCGCUUUCGUUUCCCCGCUUUCGUUUCCCCGCUUCGUUUCCCCCGCUUUCGUUUCCUCCCCGCUCUCGUUUCCCCGCUCUCGUUUUCCCCGCUUUCGUUUCCCGCUUUCGUUUCCCCGCUUUCGUUUCCCCGCUCUCGUUUCCCCGCUCUCGUUUCCCCGCUCUCGUUUCCCCGCUCUCGUUUCCCCGCUCUCGUUUCCCCGCUCUCGUUUCCCCGCUCUCGUUUCCCCGCUCUCGUUUCCCCGCUCUCGUUUCCCCGCUCUCGUUUCCCCGCUCUCGUUUCCCCGCUCUCGUUUCCCCGCUCUCGUUUCCCCGCUCUCGUUUCCCCGCUCUCGUUUCCCCGCUCUCGUUUCCCCGCUCUCGUUUCCCCGCUCUCGUUUCCCCGCUCUCGUUUCCCCGCUCUCGUUUCCCCGCUCUCGUUUCCCCGCUCUCGUUUCCCCGCUCUCGUUUCCCCGCUCUCGUUUCCCCGCUCUCGUUUCCCCGCUCUCGUUUCCCCGCUCUCGUUUCCCCGCUCUCGUUUCCCCGCUCUCGUUUCCCCGCUCUCGUUUCCCCGCUCUCGUUUCCCCGCUCUCGUUUCCCCGCUCUCGUUUCCCCGCUCUCGUUUCCCCGCUCUCGUUUCCCCGCUCUCGUUUCCCCGCUUUCGUUUCCCCGCUUUCGUUUCCCCGCUUUCGUUUCCCCGCUUUCGUUUCCCCGCUUUCGUUUCCCCGCUUUCGUUUCCCCGCUUUCGUUUCCCCGCUUUCGUUUCCCCGCUUUCGUUUCCCCGCUUUCGUUUCCCCGCUUUCGUUUCCCCGCUUUCGUUUCCCCGCUUUCGUUUCCCCGCUUUCGUUUCCCCGCUUUCGUUUCCCCGCUUUCGUUUCCCCGCUUUCGUUUCCCCGCUUUCGUUUCCCCGCUUUCGUUUCCCCGCUUUCGUUUCCCCGCUUUCGUUUCCCCGCUUUCGUUUCCCCGCUUUCGUUUCCCCGCUUUCGUUUCCCCGCUUUCGUUUCCCCGCUUUCGUUUCCCCGCUUUCGUUUCCCCGCUUUCGUUUCCCCGCUUUCGUUUCCCCGCUUUCGUUUCCCCGCUUUCGUUUCCCCGCUUUCGUUUCCCCGCUUUCGUUUCCCCGCUUUCGUUUCCCCGCUUUCGUUUCCCCGCUUUCGUUUCCCCGCUUUCGUUUCCCCGCUUUCGUUUCCCCGCUUUCGUUUCCCCGCUUUCGUUUUCCCCGCUUUCGUUUCCCCGCUUUCGUUUCCCCGCUUUCGUUUCCCCGCUUUCGUUUCCCCGCUUUCGUUUCCCCGCUUUCGUUUCCCCCGCUCUCGUUUCCCCGCUUUCGUUUCCCCGCUCUCGUUUCCCCGCUCUCGUUUCCCCGCUCUCGUUUCCCCGCUUCUCGUUUCCCCGCUCUCGUUUCCCCGCUCUCGUUUCCCCGCUCUCGUUUCCCCGCUCUCGUUUCCCCGCUCUCGUUUCCCCGCUCUCGUUUCCCCGCUCUCGUUUCCCCGCUCUCGUUUCCCCGCUCUCGUUUCCCCGCUCUCGUUUCCCCGCUCUCGUUUCCCCGCUCUCGUUUCCCCCCGCUCUCGUUUCCCCGCUCUCGUUUCUCUUUCCCCGCUCUCGUUUCCCCGCUCUCGUUUCCCCGCUCUCGUUUCCCCGCUUUCGUUUCCCCGCUUUCGUUUCCCCGCUUUCGUUUCCCCGCUUUCGUUUCCCCGCUUUCGUUUCCCCGCUCUCGUUUCCCCGCUCUCGUUUCCCCGCUCUCGUUUCCCCGCUCUCGUUUCCCCGCUCUCGUUUCCCCGCUCUCGUUUCCCCGCUCUCGUUUCCCCGCUCUCGUUUCCCCGCUCUCGUUUCCCCGCUCUCGUUUCCCCGCUCUCGUUUCCCCGCUCUCGUUUCCCCGCUCUCGUUUCCCCGCUCUCGUUUCCCCGCUCUCGUUUCCCCGCUCUCGUUUCCCCGCUCUCGUUUCCCCGCUCUCGUUUCCCCGCUCUCGUUUCCCCGCUUUCGUUUCCCCGCUUUCGUUUCCCCGCUUUCGUUUCCCCGCUUUCGUUUCCCCGCUUUCGUUUCCCCGCUUUCGUUUCCCCGCUUUCGUUUCCCCGCUCUCGUUUCCCCGCUCUCGUUUCCCCGCUCUCGUUUCCCCGCUCUCGUUUCCCCGCUCUCGUUUCCCCGCUCUCGUUUCCCCGCUCUCGUUUCCCCGCUCUCGUUUCCCCGCUCUCGUUUCCCCGCUCUCGUUUCCCCGCUCUCGUUUCCCCGCUCUCGUUUCCCCGCUCUCGUUUCCCCGCUCUCGUUUCCCCGCUCUCGUUUCCCCGCUCUCGUUUCCCCGCUCUCGUUUCCCCGCUCUCGUUUCCCCGCUCUCGUUUCCCCGCUCUCGUUUCCCCGCUCUCGGUUUCCCCGCUCUCGUUUCCCCGCUCUCGUUUCCCCGCUCUCGUUUCCCCGCUCUCGUUUCCCCGCUCUCGUUUCCCCGCUCUCGUUUCCCCGCUCUCGUUUUCCCCGCUCUCGUUUCCCCGCUCUCGUUUCCCCGCUCUCGUUUCCCCGCUCUCGUUUCCCCGCUCUCGUUUCCCCGCUCUCGUUUCCCCGCUCUCGUUUCCCCGCUCUCGUUUCCCCGCUCUCGUUUCCCCGCUCUCGUUUCCCCGCUCUCGUUUCCCCGCUCUCGUUUCCCCGCUCUCGUUUCCCCGCUCUCGUUUCCCGCUCUCGUUUCCCCGCUCUCGUUUCCCCGCUCUCGUUUCCCCGCUCUCGUUUCCCCGCUCUGUUUCCCCGCUCUCGUUUCCCCGCUCUCGUUUCCCCGCUCUCGUUUCCCCGCUCUCGUUUCCCCGCUCUCGUUUCCCCGCUCUCGUUUCCCCGCUCUCGUUUCCCCGCUCUCGUUUCCCCGCUCUCGUUUCCCCGCUCUCGUUUCCCCGCUCUCGUUUCCCCGCUCUCGUUUCCCGCUCUCGUUUCCCCGCUCUCGUUUCCCCGCUCUCGUUUCCCCGCUCUCGUUUCCCCGCUCUCGUUUCCCCGCUCUCGUUUCCCCGCUCUCGUUUCCCCGCUCUCGUUUCCCCGCUCUCGUUUCCCCGCUCUCGUUUCCCCGCUCUCGUUUCCCCGCUCUCGUUUCCCCGCUCUCGUUUCCCCGCUCUCGUUUCCCCGCUCUCGUUUCCCGCUCUCGUUUCCCCGCUCUCGUUUCCCGCUCUCGUUUCCCCGCUCUCGUUUCCCCGCUCUCGUUUCCCCGCUCUCGUUUCCCCGCUCUCGUUUCCCCGCUCUCGUUUCCCCGCUCUCGUUUCCCCGCUCUCGUUUCCCCGCUCUCGUUUCCCCGCUCUCGUUUCCCCGCUCUCGUUUCCCCGCUCUCGUUUCCCCGCUCUCGUUUCCCCGCUCUCGUUUCCCCGCUCUCGUUUCCCCGCUCUCGUUUCCCCGCUCUCGUUUCCCCGCUCUCGUUUCCCGCUCUCGUUUCCCCGCUCUCGUUUCCCCGCUCUCGUUUCCCCGCUCUCGUUUCCCCGCUCUCGUUUCCCCGCUCUCGUUUCCCCGCUCUCGUUUCCCCGCUCUCGUUUCCCCGCUCUCGUUUCCCCGCUCUCGUUUCCCCGCUCUCGUUUCCCCGCUCUCGUUUCCCCGCUCUCGUUUCCCCGCUCUCGUUUCCCCGCUCUCGUUUCCCCGCUCUCGUUUCCCCGCUCUCGUUUCCCCGCUCUCGUUUCCCCGCUCUCGUUUCCCCGCUCUCGUUUCCCCGCUCUCGUUUCCCCGCUCUCGUUUCCCCGCUCUCGUUUUCCCCGCUCCUCGUUUCCCCGCUCUCGUUUCCCCGCUCUCGUUUCCCCGCUCUCGUUUCCCCGCUCUCGUUUCCCCGCUCUCGUUUCCCCGCUCUCGUUUCCCCGCUCUCGUUUCCCCGCUCUCGUUUCCCCGCUCUCGUUUCCCCGCUCUCGUUUCCCCGCUCUCGUUUCCCCGCUCUCGUUUCCCCGCUCUCGUUUCCCCGCUCUCGUUUCCCCGCUCUCGUUUUCCCCGCUCUCGUUUCCCCGCUCUCGUUUCCCCGCUCUCGUUUCCCCGCUCUCGUUUCCCCGCUCUCGUUUCCCCGCUCUCGUUUCCCCGCUCUCGUUUCCCCGCUCUCGUUUCCCCGCUCUCGUUUCCCCGCUCUCGUUUCCCCGCUCUCGUUUCCCCGCUCUCGUUCCCCGCUCUCGUUUCCCCGCUCUCGUUUCCCCGCUCUCGUUUCCCCGCUCUCGUUUCCCCGCUCUCGUUUCCCCGCUCUCGUUUCCCCGCUCUCGUUUCCCCGCUCUCGUUUCCCCGCUCUCGUUUCCCCGCUCUCGUUUCCCCGCUCUCGUUUCCCCGCUCUCGUUUCCCCGCUCUCGUUUCCCCGCUCUCGUUUCCCCGCUCUCGUUUCCCCGCUCUCGUUUCCCCGCUCUCGUUUCCCCGCUCUCGUUUCCCCGCUCUCGUUUCCCCGCUCUCGUUUCCCCGCUCUCGUUUCCCCGCUCUCGUUUCCCCGCUCUCGUUUCCCCGCUCUCGUUUCCCCGCUCUCGUUUCCCCGCUCUCGUUUCCCCGCUCUCGUUUCCCCGCUCUCGUUUCCCCGCUCUCGUUUCCCCGCUCUCGUUUCCCCGCUCUCGUUUCCCCGCUCUCGUUUCCCCGCUCUCGUUUCCCCGCUCUCGUUUCCCCGCUCUCGUUUCCCCGCUCUCGUUUCCCCGCUCUCGUUUCCCCGCUCUCGUUUCCCCGCUCUCGUUUCCCCGCUCUCGUUUCCCCGCUCUCGUUUCCCCGCUCUCGUUUCCCCGCUCUCGCCCCUCCCUGACGCCUCUCCCACACCCUUCCCCCCCUCCCCUUCGUCCCUCCGGGCUACAGAAGCUGCACCGCGACCUGCCGCCCACGAAGCUGUACGCGUAUGGUCGCAGUGCCGCCACCGCGCACUACCCCGGCCCCACGCUCGUCGCCCAGCGCGGCGUGCCCACCCAGGUGUAUUGGGAGAACCACCUGACGGACCGCCACCACAUGUUCCCCGUCGACUACACCCUCGACGACGUCCCCCGCCCGCUGCUGGGCGGCAUUCCCAUCGUGACGCACCGGCACGGGGGCGAGCAGGCGUCCUUCUCAGACGGGCAUCCCGAGGCGUGGUUCACCCAAUACAGCGAGGUGGGGCGCGCCUUCCGCACGCGCCUGUACCGCUACCCCAACCACCAGCUGCCCACCACUCUCUGGUACCACGACCACGCCAUCGCCAUCACCCGCCUCAACGUCGCCGCUGGCCUCGCCGGCUUCUUUGUCCUCACGGACCCGCGUGGCGUGGAGAGGACCCUCCAGUGGCUGCCCCAGGGGGAGUUCUGCGUGCCGCUGGCUCUGUCGGACCGAAGGUUCUUUGCUAAUGGGUCCAUUGAUUACCCGAGCCAGGGCGUGGUGCCGCGCGUGCACCCCCACUGGGUGCCCGAAUACCUCGGAGACAAAAUCCUCGUCACCGGCAAGGUGUGGCCGUACCUGAACGUGAGGAGGGCGCUGUACCGCUUCCGGGUGUUGGGGGCGGCCAACACGCGCUUCUUCAAUCUGCGCUUCGUCUGCGCCACCCCCCGCAACUACCCCCACUUCACUCCGCCCUUCUCUGGCGACAAGCUGCCCAUCAUUGUGAUCGGGUCAGACGGGGGAUACCUUCCUCGCCCGGCAGUGCGCACAUCCCUGCUGGUGGCGCCGGGGGAGCGCUACGACAUUCUGGUCGACUUCUCCUCGCUGCGCUCCUCCUGUGCUGACGUCAUCCUCACCAACGACGCCCGGGCGCCCUUCCCUGCGGGCGAGCCAGUGACCAACGACACGGCCGUCGUCAUGCGCUUCAUUGUGGACCACCACAGCGCCCGCCUGCCCGCCCCGCGCAUCCCCAACACCCUCGUUCCGGUCCCCCCCGUGGACACAUCCCAGGUGGUGCUGGAGCGGUGGAUCACGGCGGUGGAGGAGACCGACCCCGCCACCGGGCUGCCCAUCCGCCUGCUGCUGGGCGGCCUGCCCUACAGCGCCCCGCCCACUGAGACGCCCCGGGAGAACACGGAGGAGCUGUGGCAUCUGAUCAACACGACGCCCGACGCGCACCCCAUCCACCUGCACCUCAUUCAGCACCGCCCGCUGUGGCGCCGCCCCUUCGACCUCGCCGCCUACAGCAGCGGCGCCUGCUCCUUCACCAACGCGUCGCUGCCCUCCUGCUUCACUGCCGCCCAGCAGCCAGUGGCGGCGUAUGAGCGCGGGUGGAAGGACACCACCAUCCUGCCGCCCGCCACCGUGCUCACCCUCUGGACGCCCUGGUACUCCCAGGAUGGAACGCCCUUCCCCUUUGAUGCGACACGCGGGCCGGGGUACGUGUGGCACUGCCACAUUCUGGAGCACGAGGACAACUCCAUGAUGCGCCCCCUCAUCAUCACCAAGUGA